UUAACUCGUAUGACUGCCACGGUUAAACAUGUUACAAACAUGUUAUUUUUGGUUAUUAAUAAUGACGUCGGUUAAGACCGACAAUAUUGUCUCGAUCGAAACAUCUGUGGCACCCGCCAAAUACUGCCGAAAUAAAGAAAGAUUAAUAACGACCGAAGAAAACGACGAAUAUUUGCUUAUUAGUACCGAACUCGACACGAUCGUUGUUUUGGAAUGUCGAUUUUGCAACGAUAAAGAGGAGAGACAGUCAAAAAUUUGGUACUAUCAAGAUCGCUACAGAGAAAAUCCUGAAAAGGAAGUGGAAUUAGGAAUGGACAAUAAUUCCUCUUACAAUAGAAUUUACACGAAUAUCGAUCUAUCUUUGGUGAUAAAAAAUUUCACGACCUCAGAUGCUGGAAUUUAUUUGUGCCACGGGGUAGAAGGACAGGAAGUGGAAAAUAAAUUCAAUUACAGAAUCGAACCUAUCUUUAAAGAGCACGGAGUAUCGUACACGGAACAGGGAAACAUAACCGAUUGGGAGAAAUAUCGCGAAAUAUAUUUAGCAUCGAUUACCACGCGAUUUGCUGUCUCCCAAAUGUCUGAGUUGGCUGAAAUUCGAGAGGCCGGUGUAACGCUGCAGGUAACUUCUGAAUGGGGACCAUGGGGUCCAUGUGAACAUUGCGUUCAUAACCGUGGAUAUAAAACAAGCACUGGAAGUUGUCGAUUAAAACGACAUAUAGACAUGGCGAUUGCCAACAAAAGCGAUUCCUCUAUAGUCAAAUUUUUUCGAAGAUCCCCUUCCUUGCCUUGCAAAUCAAUUCUACUCGAAGAAGAAUUCCCUGCUAUCAGCAACGCGGUUCGUCAUUUGCCGGAAUUCAUACUGAAGGAAACGUGCAAGAAAUGUCCGCGCGAGAAGAAGAAGAAGGGUCGAAAGUUCAAAUACCUUAAGCGAUAUGUACUCGCCGAAGGAGCUUAUCUUACCGUCAUUUGCCCAGAGUCGACCAUCGAUACGCAGGUAUCGUGGAAAAAGGAUUCGAUUACAUUGGAAAAAGGUGUGCAACGAUCUUUUCGUAAAUUAGACCCGGAGGCACGUGUGAUAGUGGACGCUUUUGGAACACUUUAUCUCAUAGAUGUUUCAACCCAUGAAGAAGGGAACUACACGUGCUACGUCGAUGCAAUUAACAUGAUGCAAUUAAAAGUCACCGUAGUUCCUAAAACUAGACUGCUAACGCAGGGUUUACUCCGAAGAUGUGUGAAUUGUAGAUCAAGAGGAGAGUUAGGAUCAUGCAAGGAUCCUUUCACUAUGAACGCGACAGAGAUCGAAAUGGAAAAAGGGGUCGAUGCUGUGCCCUGCGCUUCUGGAUGGUGUGGUAAAAUUAUCGAGAGACACGGCUUAAAUAAUGAAUACGGCACAGCCACUCAAAGACUAUGCUUCCAACGUGGACCCGACGACGGUGAAGAAAGAUGCGCCUACACGGUGUGGAAUUAUAAAAAGGUGUACAUGUGUCUUUGUUUCGGAGAUUUGUGCAACGGUACGACGAGAUUAAAUAUUUCCAAUGGACUGAUCGUUGCAACACUCGCUGUAUUACUCCGAUGGUUCGUUUAAGGAUGUUAGAAUUGAAUCGAAUGUAUAUUAUUGUACAAAGAGUUCCUUGUAUCCGUACGUGAUGUGAUAUUACAGAGGAUAUCGGUUGUUGAUCUUAAACGAACGAGCAGUGUGUAAAAAUUGUACGCUAAUUUUAUUUAUAUCUUAUGUAUGAUAAUCACAUGAAAUUGAGGUAUACGCAUUUCACAUAAUAAAAUCCGAGUGGAACGUUAUACACAAAUUAGUACAAUGUUUUAAUUGUAUUAAUAACACGAUGCACCGCAAUUUGCGUACAUUACACUCGUGAAACUGUUAAAUGCAGAUUAUUCGUGAGCAAUAAUGAUACUUGUAUACAAUACUGGUACAUCUGUUUCGAGCAUGAUCCGCUUUUAACAGGUUUAACGAGUGCAGGAUUAAUUAAAUCCGCAGCUGAUGCAGACAAGAAUUUGUUGCUACGUUAAACGAUAUAAUAGAACAUUUCGACGCUAAACCAGUCAACGUUAAAUAGCGCGACAUACGUUAAAUAGAAAAAUACAAAAAGGAUUUUCUUAAUUAUAGCUUCAUAAAAUUCUGCUCCACGUAGACAGCAUCCGAUGUUACCUUUUUCCUUUAUCAAGACGCUAAUGAG